CGCACCGACUGAGGGAGAUUUCGGAACCCUCACCCCAACGCGCACUUGAGGCCGAGCUUUUCCCCGAGAAACACAAUCGAGACAGAACUUCGAGGAUUUAAAUUUAAAAAAGAAAGAGAAACAUUUACAAACGUUGUUCAAGUACUGAGGGCCACUGACACCAGGAAGAAGUCGGGUUUCGCGUAAUACAUUAAUACCAUAAUACCAGCGAGAACCACCUUUCCCACAGCCAAGUAUGGGCAGCUACGUCCUCUUUCACGAGAAAAUGCUGGCCAACCUCACCUCACUGAUAUGGGGAACUCCUAGCAACGAGGAGGCGAAGGAUACCACCGAGAAGUCAGCGAGCGGAGAUCCUAUCGAGCAGCAGACAGUCCCAGAAGCCAGUAGUCAGCCCCUCAAAUGCGCGACGCCCACCAUCAGAGCUGCUACGCCUGCAGACGAGGAGGAGUCGGACUGGGUGCUGGUGGAGAGAGCUGUGUCUCCCUCCUCCGUGCUCACCCCCGAUGAGAAUGAUGACUCCCCCAUGAGAGAAGAGGUCAGUAAUGAAACGGGAGGGCAACAAGUUGCUGUUCCACAACCUAGAAACCGCGUGGCCCAACGAGCAGCCAAGCUUCUCCAGGCUAUCGAUGUGCUUAGGCCAGCUCAGAAGGCCCAGCGUAGGAGGGAGGAGAGACGCCUGAAAGCAAAGCAUCUUGAACGCUCCAACAAAGUAAGAGAAGUAGCUAGCGCAGGAAACAAGAGAUCCAGGCGUUGCGACAUGAUGACUCCUGCCAAAUUUUCCCGUGCAGUAAACAACCGCAAGUGCUAAACCUGAACAGGCUGUGAAAAGGGGUAAACCUUGUUCUUUGAAUCAGUAAAAAGUCAGGAUAAAAUACUAUGCUGUGAAGCCCCAAAGAUAGAUAGUGUAUGCCAAGAACAUACACAAAGUUUCUGAUCUUAUGUAGGUAAUUAAGGAAGAUGUCAUGCAAUGUUUUGAUGAUACAUAACUGUUUAUUAUAUGUAUGUGGAAGAUUUAUUCUCUUUUUGUCUGAGAUAUACUUUCCUGCUAUAUUAAACAAAUAGUAGACAGAAGUAAAUAAUAGUUGUUUAUUAUGAUUAUGACAUCAGCUGCAAAGAUCACAGAUUAAGAACAUUGAAGAGCAACUUUUACCCCUUUAUUAUUUUAUGUUAUUUUGUGGUUACUGAGAAGUUGUGGUGUUCAGUUUAUUUCAUGUAUGUAAAUCUUAAAAUGCAUACAAAGGUUAAAGCAAAAAUAGAGAAAGAAAAAAAAAAGGUAUUUUCGGCUUAUGAUUCUGAGUUUACUUUUAGACUACUAGGUUCCUUAAGUAGCACUGCAUAAAUAUGAAUAUUACUAAAAUGCCAAUAAAAAAAAAGAGAAAAGGAGUAACUAUUUUAACGGUUAUAGUCAAAGUUAUUAAGAGUUCUUCCCAGUUAUAAUGUUGCAUCAUCUUAUACAAGAAAAAAUAAUAAAAAAUAAAAAAAUCUAAUCCUUUAAUACAGGUGGAUGGAUUUAUUCACUGUUAGGAUCACUGUAUUGUCUUCUCACUGUCUUUUCCCCCUGAGAAUGUACCAAUAGAACUGAUCACCAUACUGUAUGUCACAAUUUUUUUUUUGUCAACCCAACACAAUUUCCUGAUGCUCUGCAAUAUAUGUAUUUUUUUCUCUUUUCUUAUUUCCUUUUACAAGAUACAAAGUGAGAAGCUUAGACUUAAGGAAAAAUAUCUAAAAAUGAUAAAAUGAAGAAAAUGUAUAUAAAAAAUAUGUCUUUCAUUAUCGUGUGAAUGUAGAGCACUUGCAACAGUGAGUGUGAAUGUUCUUAAGUAUAUCGGAAAGGACAAGAAAGAUCAUUUGAGCUUUGUGUGUAAAUCUGAUUUUCAUUUUCUUAUUCAGUUUUUCUCUCUCUCCCUCUAUCUUUUUCUUUUUUCUUUUCCAUGUCUUUUAUUUUCUCUUGGGCUGUAUGUUAAAGGCCAGCAAAGUUGCAGUGGGUACCAUAGCUGUGCUCAUGCUUUUAUUAUGUCCUAAGAACUACUCUCACUGCCACUACAGGAUUUGUAAGGGUUAUGCCCCACAAAAGAUAGGAUUACAUGAUUAGUUGUUAAGAAUGGCAUUACUUUGUGGUGUAAUUUACGUAUUGCAAUAUUUAAUGUAUAUAAAAUGAGCCAGCUGGUUUAUGAUAUAUAAGAAGAAAUAAAAAGAUCUCAUGUGAAUGUUUCAAAGUAUUGAACACUAGUCCAUAGGUGCUUUUACGCAUGUGAAGAUGUUCGGUAGUUAAUGCUUGACAGAGGAUUGUGUACCAUAAUAACCACACUUUCCUUUAUAUUUUGUGGAGUUACAUGAACCUGUUAUAAUGGUAUAUAUAUUACUUUUUUGUAAUUAAAUACCUGUACUGAACCUUUGGGAAGUAAGUACAAAGUAAACUUGUUUAAAUUUUACAGUCAGUGUUGUUAUAUCUCGUACUACAAGAGUGUAACUACCUGCACUGGUGGGAUGACACACACAGCUCAGGGAAACUGUAGUGUAAUCUUUUGUCAUGUUGCAAGCCCUGCCCCCACCCUGUGUUGAGUUUGGUGCCUCCAUAUUUCUGCUGUUCCUGCAUCAGUUUAAAAAUCCAGGAUGACCCAAGUCCAGCUGCCAGUUGACCCUCUACACCUCAAGGCAUCUGCUUCUCAAGUCGAACAAGAGGCAAGAUUUGCAAAUGGCUUUUCCCCCCUAAUUGACGGACAUUAAUUUUCUUAGGGCUUAUUCGUGGUCUUGCAGAUCACCUAGCCCACUAGACCGCUUGGCUCACUAAAAAAAAAAAAAGGUAAUAAUAUUAAAUCAAAUAGUGUAAUGCAGUUUCCUCUCUUUUUAAAAAAAUUGUCAUCAUUUCAAAGUUCAUCAUUAGAUAUGUAUUGAGGCACAAAGUGUUCAGCUUAUUUUUCAUUUGUAUGGAUCUUCUAUUUUAAGAUGUUUUCUCAGUAUAUGGAUUAACUUUAAAUUGUAAAUAAUGUAUAGUCUUUCAAUCAUUGUAAAUUGUUUUUAUUUAUUUUUUGUGUUCAAAGACAAAACACAGUUCCAUCUUUUUACAUCCUUUGUCACUAAAGGAUUAUGUAUACAGUAUGAGUCUGAUAAAAAAAGAGAUUUUUUCC